CAUUCUAUCUUAGGUCUUAACUUAAGAUAAGAUAAGUUAAUUUAGGAUUUUUCACAAAUUCACAUUACAGAAGCAAAUCUUAACUUGAUUUAGGAUUCUUAUCCUAUCUUACAAAAUCUCAUCUUAUCUGUAGUUAGGAAAUCUUAAACCGCUCCAUCGAGUUCGGUAAUCAACUGUCAGGUCUGUUACCAAGCAACCAACAACGCGCGCAUACUGCUUCUGAGAUAAAAAUAAAACUAAAAUGGAAAAACAACGGCGUGCUUUCAAUUUCAGUGCAGCAGAGAUAGAAAUUUUGAUAAGCUCCGUCGAAAAGGGGAAGCCUGUUUUAUUCGGCAAGUUUUCACCUUCGCUCUCUAACGAAGAUAAGGAAAGAGAGUGGGCAAAAGUUGCCGAAAAUGUUUCUGCGGUGUCUGGCGUUUCUCGUAGCGCAGAGUCUGUGAAGAAAAAAUUCACCACUCUUGUAAGCGAAACGAAGAAGAAAGCUGCUUUACAGGCAAAAGAGGUAAAGAAAACGGGAGGGGGAACGAGCGACGCUCCAUCGCUAACUCCUUCGGAAACGAGAAUACUGGGUGUCAUCGACAAGGUGCACUAUGAAGGCAUCCCUGGUGGUUACGAGGUAGGGCUGGAGAUGGACCAAAGUGAACUGUCAACAAUACAGCUGUCAGAUCUGGAGGAGGGAACAUCAGUGCCCCUUCAGCUACCCCCAUCAAAAAGACAGAAAGUCUCCACUUCGAGCCAUGCAACACAGUUGCUAGAGAUAGAGAGGGAGAAAUUAGAGUUGUACAGAGAGAGAGUGGCCAUUGAGAAGGAGAGGCUGAAGAUAGAGAAAGAAAGACUGCAGAUGGAAAGAUCACUUUGUAAAAGAUGCAGGGAGGAAUUGUAGAUUCUAAUGUGUUAAGCUUCUUUGUUUUGAGUUUUUCUUGAUUGAUGUCUUUUCUAUGCAUUGCAGUGUUAAUUUAAAUAAAUGAAAUACAUAAUUCAAAAA